UCAUUUGUGAGAUCAAGGAAUUACAUGCGACAUUCGUACCAUCUCUUGAUGAAAGUUUGAAUCCAGAAAAAUAAAAAGGCGUUUUUAUUGCCAGUUCAGACAUGUCUUAUGAGAAUGUAUGAAUUGGCCGUAGACCAUGGCCUCUAUUAGAACUAAAUGCGGUAUACCCUAAAUGCCUUGACUGAAAGUAUAUUGAUGUACUGCUGCUACCGCUAGCAAUGCCUGCCCCUGCAAGAGAGGUUAACAGCAAGAUGGAUACAGAAGAAGAUAGAAAUGAAAAUCACCAACAGGAGUCAUCGUUUUCCUAUUCUAUGCUUGAGAACGAAAUGCAGUCAGACAGCUUUAUUGCCGCGAUGGAUGGCAACAAUAGUCAUUAUGCCAGUGAGAUUAACAGGCUACGUCUAGCUAAUAAACAGCUCAAGGCUGAUCUCCAGGCAGAACAAGAUACAGUACUUCAGAUGAGGAAAAAACUGAACAAUGCAGAGAAACAAAAGCUUGAAGCAGCUUCCAAGGCAAAUUCUGAGGUUGCAUCCUUAGAAACUCAGGUUGCCAAGUACAGGUCCCAGCUGGAAAAAGGUGAGGCUGUGAGACACAACCUGGAGUUUGAGCUGACUAAAAGCCAGCGUGAGGUGAACCAGAUCAAGCAAACAGCCAGAGAGAAAGAAAGUUUUCUAAAAGAUGGAACAGAUGAUCUAAAACAAAAAAUUGGAGACCUAGGUUCCGAGGUAAAGCAACUUCAAAAGUCCCUUCAGACCUGCAAAUCUAAUGCUCAGGAACAAGAAGGUCGGUUGAGGCAGAGUUUAGAGGAGGCUGAGACAAAGGUGAAAAAAACAUAUAGUGAGCUGGACACAACUAGAGCUGAAAGGGACAAAAUGAGUGAACUGUGUCGCCAACAUUCCAAUGUAAUAGCAGAGCUGAAUGAAAAACUACAAGAAUUUGAAAAUGAGAAAAGAAGUGUCCUAGAGAGUCUCAGGAGAGCCACAGUAGAGCUAGACUACGCUAAGGAAAGGGAGGACAGGCUGACAUCUGACCUUGAGGCUGCUUUGUCCAGGAAUAGAACCCUUGAGGAAAACAUUGAAGCUGAAAGAGCUGCUCAUUUGGAAACCAAAUUCAACUCUGAAAUUGUUCAGCUGAGAGUCAGAGACCUUGAUGGUGCUAUUGACGUGGAAAAGUCAGCAAAUACUGAGGCAAACAAAGCCAUUGAAAGAAUUACUCAACAAAAUAGGGAACUGGAGCAAGUUUACGAAGAAGAACGAAAAAAUCGCAAAGAGCUCACUCAGAAACUUGAUAAGUUGGAAAAAGAACACAUGAGUGUUCGCAGACAACUGUCUGCAGAAGUGGAAGAGAAAAAGGCUGUCAUUGGAAACCUGUCCAAGGAACUGGAAUCUCAUCAAAAAAAUUUCAAUGAGUUGAAAGCCGAGCUAACAAAGGCCAAAAAACGGCAGCAGCAGCUGGAAGAGAUGUACAGUGGAUGUAUAAAAGAACUGGAAUUUCUUCUUCACACUUUCCAUUUUGAUGACAAAAAAUUGAGACUUGCCAAAAAAGAGGAGCCUGCCUCUUCUUCGAAAGGCAAAAAAGUUACGAAUCCAGCCGUGGUUGUGGAGAGUUUCAAGCAAAUGCUGAUGCAGCUGAAGAGAAAGAUGGAUACUCAGACAGAUGAGCUAAUGAAAACAAAGAAGACAAAUGAGCGGCUCAACAGGGAGCUGGAAUCUUGCAGGGAAAUGAUCAAAGCAAAGGAUAAGACCAUUGAGGAAACUCAAAGGAAUUAUACAAAGACAGCGAAAGAUCUGAACAAGUCUCGGUCCAGUUAUGCCGAGUUGGAGUCUACCAUUGGGAAGUUGAAGACAAGUCUUCAGGCAAAUGCCAACAAUCAGGACAAAGACAGGACGCGCAUCCAGGAGCUCAGUGAAGAGAUUAUGAAAUUGGUGAAAAGACACAGAGCAGAGGAAGAGGAGAAAAUUGCUUUUCUGCAUGGAUUGUAUCAGCGGUUAUUGUCCAGUCAUAUUACAGUUCCCACACGGGACAAGAGCUUUAAUCAGUUUGCCUGGCUGGAUCUGACUGAAGUGGUUUAUGAGCAAGUGACCUCGCUGGUGGAUCUGCUGCACAUGUCAGAUGAGAAGCUGCGAGCAAGUCAGGAUUCGGGCCGGGUGCGAGAUGAGACCACCGCAAGACUGAGGCAGGAGCACGAGGAACAGAUCAGCCGUCUGACAGCUCUGUCCCGGGACCGUGAGGCAGCCUGGCAGCAGCAGAAGGAGGAGCUGGAGCAGCACUACACACAGAUGCUCUCAGACAUGCAGUCUAGAUCUAAGAAAACUCAAGUGAUUGCUGACCAGGCAUGGGAGAAAGUGCGAGCUACUGGCAGUUUGCAACAGGGUCUAGAGUCUGAGCUUGUGGAACUGCGGAGAGAACUGGCUGAAUCACAGGUUCAAGCUUCCUCUCUCCUGUCCGCCUGUGCUCUACUCAGUGGGGCGUUCUACCCUCUGUACUCCCGGGCUUCUAUGUUGGCCUCUGAGCGCUACAUCCUGGAAGACUUAUACUACACCUGGGAGACGUGUCGCGACCGUGCUCUCUACCUUUGUAGUGUGCUCCGUUCAGGAAAAGACAGCGACCAAGAUAAGCCAGAGCGAGACCGACGCUCACACAGAAAGGUCAACCCCCUGUUGAGGUUCAGGGUUGGUGUUAUUGCGGUGCUGGCUGCUAACCGUCUAGCGUAUCUGGGCGAGAAGUCCACCAAGUGUUUUGUAUCGUAUAACUCUGGGAUUGGAGACAAUGGACUGUGUGUGUGUGUGGGCAGAACUGACCAAACCUCACCCAGGCAGUUCAAGGGACUGGCAAGACAGUUUGGUGAUGAUGAGAAAGACGAUGAAAAUUCACCUCGCUCAGCGGCCGACAUUCAAAGCAGUUUGUGUGGCUGGCUCAACAGUCAAGACUUGUUAGAAACUGUUGUCUCCAGCAUGGCAGAUCUAUAUGAAGCCACUCGCCAGUAUAAAAAUCCUAAUAACCAGAUAGAGAUGAGGUCUGUAGCAGCAGCGGCCAGAUCUUCCUUUAGCAAGUUUGUGGACAGAUUGUCCAAUUUCUUCCCGGAGACCACUUUGUCCACACCCACCUCCAUGAGAGACAGAGCCUCCCUUCAGCGAAAGCUGGAGAAACAUUUAUCCAGAAUUCUCAGUGAGACCUCACCUGAACACAGGGGUACGCUAGUGUCUUCUCAGGAGCUGAUGAGCAGUCUGCAAAAUCACAUCCUUGACUUGACGCAGCGUCUGCACUCCGCAGAGAAAGAGCGGCGCCACCUACUGGCAGAACUAAGUGAACUCAAGCAACAAAUCGGAGAGGAAAGCAAUAACUCCGCUCCUGAUUCAGAGGAUAAGCAAAGCUCUAGCAAGCAUAGCACCAAGUAUGUAUCGAUGUCCAAGUUUGAGCGUGUGUGUGUGGAGUUGAGCAGUGCGCUACGCAGGGAGCAGAAGGCCCAACAGUUGCUCCAGGAGCAGAGCCAGCAGCUAUCAGAACUGACCUCACGACUUGACCUCUGCGCAUCUGAAGGUGUCCAUAAACAGAGCAACCUGGUACAGGCCCAAGAGACUCUGACAGAGGUACAGAAUGAACUGAAACAUAAGGACCAGAGCUUGCGACAGGCCAACAAAGAACUGGCUCAAACAGAGUACGAACGAGAGUCCCUACAGAGCAACCUCAGGGAUGCGGAGAAUGCCCUGAGAACUGCUGCAAGGGACAAGGAAAUCCUGGCCCAGUACAUAAGAAGUGUUGAAAAUGCCCUAGAAAAGGCUAAGAAGCAGUUUAUUAUUCUGAAGGAGCCCCGGGCUCUGACCGGUGACCAGUCUUUGUCUCGUCUACUCCUUGAUGCCGACCUCAUCCCUCAGGACAUUGGGCGAGCAGGACCGGACCUCAUUGCUGUUCAGAAUCUUGUGGGCAGCUUUGUGGAUGCUCAGCACCAAGCUGUGAGUAAGAUCAAGUCUCUGGAAGAAGAGAUCAUGUCUCACCGCAGCCACAUCGACACCCUGAAGAGAGAACUCAGCAAUGCAAUGCAAAGAGAGUUCAAUGAACAUCUGGAUGAAGUGACAGAUGGUGUCUUAUCUUCUAUGGCCGACCAGCGCAAAUCUGAUGUAUUUGUUCCCCUGAAAGAAGACCCUGAUCAGAGUGUAGGGAGCCCCCCUUCUAAACCUCCUCCACAGACCCUACUGAGCCCUCCUGUCUAUCAAAGCAGCACAUCAGCAUUCCACUCAGUCAAGUCAAAUUCCUCUGCCAAAUGAGACCAGGAUGAGACAGCUGGAGAAAAUAUUUUUUCAAACAUUGUGAUGCAAUGAGUGUAGAAUAGUUAUUAUAUAUAAAGUGUUUCUUUUGUUUGUAUAUCAUAUACUUGAAUGAGAACUCUAAAUAAGGUGGAUAUCUUUAAGUGCUAUAACCUUGUGCCUGAAAUGAAAUAUGGAGUAAAACAAUUUAUGUGCCUGCAAUUUAGAAAACUGUUAGAACUAAACUUGGUAACUGCUGGUUAAAUUGUACAGAUUUACACAAAGUUGGUAUCCGACAAGUGAUCUAGACCGAGGAAGAUUCCAAGUGUGAAAAUAAGAAGCAGGAUGUCUCUUUCCUCCUUUCUUUAUACAUUUGACAUUUUAAAUCGUGUGUCACGACACUUAAAUUUUAAAAUGGUAAAAUUGUUCUGUUCUCAGUGUACUAGACAUGAAUACAAAGCAAAGCAGUUAUCUCCUUAGAGUUUGAAGUGAUUAAAUGUAACCUAAUAAAAUAUUUUUUCUUCCAUUCUUACCUCACUUGUGUGUCCAUACUCCACUCAAUCAACAUUACUUAGUCAAAGCUUGUUGAAGUACUCAAAUGUUAAAGUUGUUUUGUGUAUGUGCAGCAUUAUUGACAUUUUUGUGGCCCAUAAUCAGAACUCUAUGGAUUAUUCAAUUAAGCAUGAAUUUUCCCUGCCACUUCAAAUAUAGUCUUAAAAAAUCAAAAUGUAAAAAUUAGUCAUAGCUUUUAAUCAAGUUCAUUAUAUAAACACAUUUGAUCAACAUGUAACCACUCAUUUAUGACCAUAAAUGUGUUUUCUACUUAAUAUGGGUACUUAAAAAGACUGAGCCUAUUGUAUCAGUCAGGUCAGUCUUCCUGUACUGGAAUUUCCUUUUUUUUUCUAAAAAAAAAGCAUUAUCGAUGAGGUGGCAAAUAAUAUGUAGUUGUUCAGUCUCAUGUUAGUUGCCUUUCUUGAAGAAGUUGUCUCAAUAAGAUGGUGACUAUUUUAUGUAAACUGUUUUCUAAUUAUUAAGCGUAUUUGGAAAUGCAGUGAAUUCCUUGUGUUUUUGGUAUAAUACUCUGUACUUAUUUCUUCGGUCUUCAAUCUUCAUUUGAGAAAAGUGUAAAGUUUGGUGCUUCUGAAUAACAUAUUUUUCAUCCAAGAAUUCUGCUUACUCCUACUUAACUGUUUCAUUUUAGUCUACGCAGGAAUAAUUAUAGGUUUUUUUUCAGCACUACAGCUGACCUAUUUCCUUUCCAGGACUUGGUUUUCAGACUCAACUGCUCACCCCUGCUUGUUUUAUCUGUACACAUUAGGCUUGAUGUUGUCUUGCUUUCUUUAAGGCAAAUACAUGAGCUUCAUGGAAGUUCAUCCCGGCAAAUGAAGCUACAAGCUUUGCCCUCUGCAGGGUAUGUGUUUACAAGUAACACUGAGGUCACCAUUUUUUUAGAUGGUAAUGGGUCUUGAUGCUCAACACGAGACGAGUGUUACUGGUGGCUAUUCCAUGUAUGGGAACUCAGUUCCCCUUUGCAUUUUUAGUCCUUUCUCCUUUGAAAUCGAUCAAGUUAAUGCCUUUGAUUCCCUCAUUUAGGCAAUAAACAUAAUGUGUGCUUUUUGUGUACUGCACUUUAUAAUGAUAUUUAUGAACAUAAUAUUAUGUUCCGCAUUACCUCUGUCGUGCUGUCAAACUAUGUAAUUAUGAUCUGCACUGUGGUAUUAUGGCAAUUUACUUUACAUUCUUUCAGUAUUGACUUAUAUUUAUCAUUUUCUGAUAACAGGGCUAAGUUUAAGAACCUUCUUUUCUAUUAUGCUAGUACUCUUUUGUCAGCACCUUUGUACUUUGAAAGGGCCUGUACUGUUAAUGUUCUUCACAUUCUGUGAAUUACUGUCAUAUUAUUGUUGACCUUAUUGGGUUUUUUUUCUCAGUUUCUUAAAUCAAAUGAUCUGAAUUGUGUGAGGUAUUUAAUCUAAAAAGUUUAUAGGUUGAAAUAGUCGCUCAUACUCAUAUCCAUUAUUGUCACAUGUUUCAUAGCAUGUCUUCCAGUGUGUUUUUAUUGCCCCUGUCAUAUAAACUCUCACAACCAUAUCUUAUUUUGCCUUGCAGUGAACCAUGUCAAGCUCUCUUUCUAGUUUGUCAGAGUAAUUGAUAAUUGCGUGUUGAAA